AUGGAUUCUCUAUUUCACCGAAUAAGACGCCUCCUUAGAAUUGAUAAACGCCCACAACAUGACACAAGAACUAUCUACAUAGGAAACAAAUUAAUAUCAAAUAAUGAAGUUGAAAUUCCAGACCAAAUUUAUCCUGAUAACCGAGUGAUUUCUUCUAAGUAUACAGUAUGGAAUUUCAUACCAAAGAACUUGUUUGAACAAUUUCAAAGGAUAGCAAACUUUUAUUUUCUUAUUGUAGGAGCGAUACAAUUUUUAAUUGACACUCCAGUAAGUCCAGCCACAAGCGUUCUUCCUUUAGUAUUUGUGGUGUCUGUCACAACCAUAAAACAGGGAUAUGAAGAUUGGUUGCGACACAAAGCUGACGAUGAGGUUAAUAAUCAACAGGUGAACGUUAUAAGAAAUGAUCAGUUAAUUGGCAUCAAAUCAAUGAAUAUCAAGGUUGGUGACAUUGUCCAUGUUGAAGCUAAUUCUAGUUUUCCUUGUGAUAUGGUGAUGCUUUCUUCCCAUGAUCCAGAAGGUUCUUGCUAUAUUACCACUGCCAAUUUAGAUGGGGAAACAAAUCUGAAAACAUGUGCAUGUUUACCAGAAACAAGAAAAUACCAAACUGUGGAAGAUAUAAUCAAACUAAAUGCUACUUUAAUCUAUAGACAACCAGUACCAGACUUGUAUUCUUUCACUGGUCACAUGACAAUAAUGAAAGAUGACAUGGAGGAAAAUUGUUUGUCUUUGAACCCAACAAAUAUUCUACUCAGAGGAGCAAGGCUUAGAAACACUCCUUAUAUUUUUGGAUGUGCAGUUUAUACAGGUCAGGAAACAAAAAUGGCAUUGAAUUCUAAAUUUAAAAGUACAAAAUUUUCUAGAAUUGAAAAGAGAAUGAAUUUAUAUUUGAAAGUUUUUUUAAUGAUCCUGAUUCUAGAAGCUGUGAUUUGUACAGCUUUGAAAUAUUGGUUUAACCACUUUUAUACAGCUGAUAUGAAUAUUUGGUACUUGGAUAUAAACAUGACAGUCAGUGCAACCACUGUAAUCCAAGAUUUAUUGGCAUUCCUUGUUAUCCUGAAUUAUAUUAUUCCUAUAUCUCUUUAUGUUACUAUAGAAGUUCAAAAGUUUAUUGGAUCUAUGUUUAUUGGUUGGGAUAAAAUGAUGUAUGAUGAAAAAUCAGACAUUCCUGCCAAAGCAAAUACCUCAGAUCUGAAUGAAGAGUUAGGACAGGUGGAAUAUUUAUUUACUGACAAGACAGGAACUCUAACUGAAAAUGAUAUGCAGUUUCGAGAGUGCACCAUAGAUGGGAAAUGCUUUCUAGAUUAUUCAAAUUGUUUGUGUGAAAAACCUGAAAUCUGUGAUGUCCAACCAAAACCUGUACUAAAAUUAAAUGAGAAAGCAAAAGAAUUUUUCAAAGUUCUUGCCCUAUGUCAUACUGUGAGGGUGGACCACCCACGUAAGACAUUUGGGGAUGUAGAAAACAUAUUUUGUGAAACAGGGGAAAAAUAUGAUUAUCAAGCUGCAUCUCCUGAUGAAAAAGCAUUUGUAGAAGCCUGCCGAAGAUAUGGAAUAGUAUAUCAUGGAAAAUAUGAUAACCAUUUACAAAUUACAGUGAAUGGAGAACUUGAAAAAUAUAAACUUCUUCAAUGUCUUGAUUUUGAUUCAACCAGAAAGAGAAUGAGUGUCAUUGUUCAAGAUAAAAAUGAUCAAAUCACUCUACUCUGUAAAGGGGCUGAAUGUUCCAUUAUGGAUAAUGUUGUGAGUGGGGACAAGCAUUUGAUUAUGCAACAAAUUACUGGCUACGCCAUGCAAGGUUUGCGUACACUGGUAAUAGCAAAAAAGCCAUUAACUUCUCAGGAAUAUACACAAUUUAAAAACCAGUUGAGAGAGGCAAAAGAAGAUUUAUUUUCUCAAGAAGAAAAACUUUCUGUGGUAUAUGACAAUAUUGAAACAAAUCUUGACUUACUUGGAGCCACUGCAAUAGAAGAUCGCCUUCAGGAUGGUGUGCCAGAUACAAUAUCUGCUUUAAAGGAUGCAGGAAUCAAAGUGUGGAUUUUAACAGGUGAUAAAGAAGAGACUGCUGUAAAUAUUAGUUAUUCUGCUGGACAUUUUCAAGAAGGUAUGACAGAGUUGAGGAUCACUCAGUUUCGAAAUACAAGCGACUGUGAUAUUUGUGGUACAAUGAUUCAGCAGCAUUUACAAACAAUAAGCACUGACUUGCAGAACCUUGAAAAAAGAAUCAGAUAUGCCUUGAUUGUUGAUGGAAGCAGUUUGAGUUUAGCCAUAAAGUACCAUUCAACUCCUUUCCUUGAAUUAUGCAUACAGUGCGCCUCGGUGUUGUGUUGUCGGUUAUCUCCAAUUCAAAAAGCUCAGGUUGUGAGAUUAAUAAAGACAAGUAAAGACCACCCAGUGACAGCUGCCAUCGGAGAUGGAGCCAACGAUGUUAGUAUGAUUCAGGAAGCAGAUGUUGGACUGGGAAUGGCAGGAAAAGAAGGUCGUCAAGCUGUUCGGUGUAGUGAUUAUGCCUUUGCACGUUUCAAAUUUCUCAUGCCUGCCUUACUUGUCCAUGGUCAUUAUUUUUACAUUAGACUUGCUAAUUUGGUGCAAUAUUUUUUCUAUAAGAAUGUGGCCUUCAUCACUGUUCAAAUCUAUUAUGCAUGUUUUUCUGCCUUUUCCCAACAGUCAUUGUAUGAAAGUUUUUUACUCAUGUUCUACAACAUUACCUUCACAUCCAUGCCUGUUUUAAUGUAUGGUUUAUUUGAAAGGGACAUUCAACAAGCAGAUCUGCUUGAAAGACCUCACACUUAUCAAAAAUUUAUAAAAAAUGAAAAAUUAUCAGCUGCAAAUUUUCUAAAGUGGAAUACUUUAGGUUUAUGGCAUUCACUUGUGUUUUUCUUUGGUAUGUAUUACUUAUAUGGAGAUGGUGCAUCAUUAUUUGAUAAUGCUCAGCAAUAUGGAAAUUGGGGUUUUGGUUUUAUUGUUUGUUUAGUUUGUGUGAUAACAGUCAAUGCCAAGCAUCUCCCCUUGAGGUCUUUUCUUACUUCCUCUCUUUUCGUCCUGUCUAGGGGCUUGGGGGCUUGGAUGACGAUUAAGUUGGAACUGCUUUCUUUCUCUCUCUCUCUCCGUCGUCUUGGUGUGGCAGCAUUCUCCUUUGAGAUCUUUUCUUCCUUUCUUUCCUUUUCCCAUAAGUAUCUCUUUUUGAGAACUUUUCUUACUUUCUUCUUUUCUUUUUCUAUAAGCGUCUGGUCUUGGGACUUGGGCUUUUCUUUUCCUUUUUUUUUUCUUCUUUUUUCUUUUCUUCUUUUCUUCUUUGUUUCUUUUUUUCUUUUUCUUUUCUUUUUCUUUUCUUCUUUCUCUUUUCUCUUUUUCAUUUCUUUUUUCUUUCUUUUCUCUUUCUUUUCUUUUUUUCCUCUUUCUUCUUAUUGCUUUCCUUGUUCAAUAUUUUAA